AGACCAUACAAUGGGACAGGAGUCCCUGCGCAGAUUUUGAAUUCUGCAGAGGGCAGGGCCAUGUUGAGACUCAAGAACAUUCACCCCGAUUUGAACGGCAUGGACUUGUCGGACUUGUUCGUCAACAUUGCGCCGGUUGAUUUUGUUAAGUUCGACCCUAGAGACGAAACUAUUGCUUACGUGUGUUUCCAACUGAACUUCGCCGAGAACAACGCCCGUGCGAUCCAAAAGUUCGACGGCAAAAAGGCCAUGGGGAACACGCUUAUUGUAGAGAAUGCCACCUCUUUGGCCGACCGAAUUGCUCCUUUGCCUGCCGGUCGCAUGCCCCGUGGAUCGCGUGACUCUGUGAGGACGGGAGAUGAUGCGAAGGUCAAGCAGCAAACCGAAAAAAGAGCUAGACCGGUGCCAAAAACGGCCGAGGACUUGGACAAGGAGUUGAUCGCCUACAUGAACGGGGCCAGCGAAAACAAUGUGAAGUUGGAGAGCACGGGCGCUUUUGCUGCCCAGGAUAACGGCGAGGCCAUGAUGGAGUAG